CGUUCGGCAGAGACCCUCCAUGAUGGUAUCGGCUCAACCUUGGAGGAGUGCCGCGAGGACUCUGUCCUGGACUCGAGUCGUCCCUCCCCGGGCGCGACAAGGGGCAUUGCUGCGCCGCGGAUGGCAGACCAGAUGCGUCCAGAUUCGCGCGGCGCCUGCGGAGGAGCCAGCUACCGUCAAUGGCGACCAUCUUCCUAUCUCCAGCACCCCUAGCUCUGCUGAGUCUGCCGAUGCACGAUUCGAUGUCAUCGGCGCGCCCUACUCUCUACUAUCGGUUUCGCUCUCCGCUUCUCAGAACCUAUACACUCGUCGGGGUACCUUGGUCGGAUUGAGUGGAAAGGCAGACAAUGUGGUUUCUACAUUGAGCGUCCUAGAACCCUUCCGGAGGGCUGUCGUUGGCGUGCCGUUCCUCUACCAGAAGGUGUCUUCGGCAAGUCCAGUGACUGCGCUGGUUUCCGUUCGUUCUCCGAAUACCUCCUUCGCUGUCGUUCACUUGAAUGGCUCUGUGGAUUGGAUGGUGGCCCAGAAACGGGCAUUGCUUGCCUGGACGGGUCGCUCGCUUUCUAUCCGCCCAACUAUAAACACAAGUCUGAGCCUUGCCCACUGGGGUAGCUCCGAGGUCACAGGAAGAGGUUUGUUGGCGUUAGUUGGUAACGGCCAACUCUAUUCCGUUGAGCUCAAGGCUGGAGAGCAAUACAUCGUUCACCCGAGCAACGUCGUUGCCUACACCAUGUCGUCCAACCCCCCACGCCCCUAUCGCUUCAAGUCUACGACCCUGAGGUUCCAGGUCCCGGGUCUUAAGAGUCUCCCGGCCUUCAUCCAGAACUCCAAAUUCAUCCAGGAUAUGUCGGAAUCGAGUACUUGGAAGUCGACGAUGAGAAUUAUGCACACAAUCCGUACAUGGUCUCGGAAGACCAUCUGGGGAGAUCGGUUGUUCCUCCAAUUCGAUGGACCCUCGACCAUCCUUCUACAGACCCGCGGUCCUCGUAUCAACGAGGUUCUGACCUCACACGAAGUUAACGAAAUCGCCAGUGCGCCUCGAGGCUUGACCAUUGGCCCGGCAAAGCCUACUGAGGGGAAGCGCCAACCAGGAGAUGGGUAUGUGAAGGCUGCUGAGGAAGCUGUUAAUGCUGGACCAGGACCACACAGAACUGUGGACGAAUUGACCAAUGAGCUCAAGGGCACGGAGCAAAGCAUUGCCACUUUGACGAAGGAGGGCAAGGUCAUUAUUGAAAAGACAGGACAGAAAAACUAAGCUGAAACAGUAUCAAUAUGUUGCUGUUCUUCACGCAUAGAUCAUAGCGCCCCGACAUCCAGGUAUCUUUUUCAUUUUUUUUGUUUCAUUGCAGGCUCAAUGUACUAUAGACAAUAGCUUGUGUCCGUCUACACCCCACGUGAACGUUAUUUCUCCUUUCUCCCUUAUUUCUUUCCGUUGUUGGUGAUCUUGAUCAAAUCG